AUGCUUAGUAUAAAUCCUGAGCCCAUAAUAUUACAGAUUAUCCCCAAGUCACAAGGUUGGCCAGUGCCAGCUUAUGCUGGGGUUUGUGGGAGACUUGAGGUAGUAGCUUAUGAAGGAGAACCUAUUUCAUCAUUGUUGCACAAGGAGUGGCAUAGAAAGCUCAAGUAUGCUAAGAAAAUUCUUGAUGCUGCCAUGGACUUUACUUUUAAACAUGACAGAUUUCGAUUUUAUUUAAUGGACUGGUCACUAGACAACAUUGUAGCCAAUGAAAAUGAUGACAUUUACUUUGUUGAUCUUGAAGAUAUAAUAGUUCUGGACAAACAUAUAUCACCCAGAAAAGACUUAGCAGACUGGUAUCAACGAGAUGAUGAA